AUGGUACUUCCCAAACUUGAUUUUUGUUUUGUUUUGCAGGAUCAGUGCAGUGAGGAUAUCAAGUAUGACGAGGAGUUUAUUGCGAACUCCCGUGGCGACAAGCUGUUCACUUGCAGAUGGACGCCGCAGAAACAAGCGGCAAAAGCUCUGAUCUUUAUCUGUCAUGGAAUCGCAGGGGAGUGCAGCAUAUCGAUGAGAGAUACCGCCGCUCGGUUGGUGCGAGCCGGAUAUGCCGUUUACGGGAUUGAUCAUGAAGGCCAUGGUAGAUCAUCUGGCCGGAGAUGCUACGUACAAAACUUCAGCGACAUCGUCACAGACUGCGCGAGCUAUUUCACGAGUAUUUGCGAGAAGCCAGAGAACAGAGAGAAGAAGAGGUUCCUGUACGGCGUCUCCAUGGGUGGAAGCGUGGCGCUUCUCCUCCACAGGAAAGAUCCAGCCUACUGGGACGGCGCCGUCUUGCUUGCUCCUAUGUGCAAGAUUUCCGAUGACAUGCGGCCUCACCCUAUCGUGGUCAGCGCUCUGAAAAUGGUGUGCGCUGUAGCGCCAAGUUGGAGAAUCAUACCCACCCCAGACAUCAUCGACAAAGUUUGCAAGGAUCCAGAGAUGAGAAAGCAGGUUCGUUCAAAUCCGUAUAUAUACAGGGGAAAUCUCCCACUGAAGACGUGUCAUGAACUCCUGAUGGUCAGCUUAGACAUCGAGAAGAACCUGCAUGAGGUGACACUGCCGUUCUUGGUCCUGCACGGUGGAGAAGACAUCGUGACUGAUCCUUCGGUGAGCAAGCUGCUGUACGAGGAAGCAUCAAGCAGGGACAAAACCUUCAAGCUCUACCCUGGGAUGUGGCAUGCUCUGACGGCUGAGCUUCCUGACGACGUCGAGCAUGUCUAUUCUGAUAUCAUCUCCUGGAUGGACGAAAGGGCGGAAUGCACAACCGUUGUUUCAGAAAUGAGCGGCACGCCAAGUGCCUGA